AUGGUUUCGUUCGUUUUCGCGAUCGUCGCGCGGGCGAACGAGGAUGUGAUGGGUGACGUGGAAAGCGAUGAAUUUUUGGGGGUCGAUCGCGACGCGUCCGGCGAUGUUGCGAGGUUGGAUGCGUCGAAGAUGGGUGAUGACGCCUCCGAGCGGGACGCCUCGGGCGGUUCGGCGGCGAGCGCGGCGACGGAAAAGUCGAUGGAAACGGAUGGGGCGUCGGACGUGACGUCCGAGUUCGAGAAGAUUCGAUUGGAAAACAUAGCCGAGUUGUUGAGAGAGGAAGACGUGGACGAGAGGCGACGGGUGCGGGCGAGCGGAUCGUCGAGGUCGGCGGCGAACCGGAAGCGCCGGCGAGCCUUUGCUUGGGUGUCGCGGUACGUCGAGGGCGACGAGACGAGCGAUGCCGCGGGAUGGGAAGAUGGCGAGGCGUGGUACGCGCUGGGGUUCGCUCGCAGGUACGGAUUGAUCGAUUCGAUCGGUAUGGACGAACGCGGUGCCAUGGCGGCGCUGCGUCGGGCGGCGGAGCUGGGAAACGCGGACGCGCACGAGGAGUUGGGUUUUACGUACGCCAGCGGGUGGAACGGUGCGCCGAGGGACGGGGCGAAAAGCGUGUUGCAUUAUUACUUCGCCGCGAACGGUGGGAGCGUGCCGGCAAUGAUGGCGCUCGGGUACAGACACAAGCAAGGGAUCGAUGUGCCGGAUUCGUGCGAGAGCGCGACGCUGUACUAUCACGAGGCGGCGAAAAUCGUCGCAGACGAGGCGGCAAAGCGCACGCCUGGGAUUUUACCGUUUCAGAUUGAAAAGCACCGACUGAGUGCAGACAUGAGUGGGAGCAACAUCGCGGCGAAGCGCGAGCGGGACUUGGUGCAGUAUUAUCGGUACAGUGCCGACAUGGGCAACGUCAACGCGCAGGUGACGAUGGGCCGAUUGUAUGCGCUCGGCGCUCGGGGUUUGCGCAAAGACAUCGACGCUGCGCGUAAAUACCUCAGCGAAGCCGCAAACGCGGGAGACGCGGCGGCGAUGGCGAAUUUAGGGAACAUGUACGCCAACGGGUUCGGCGUCGACGCGAACAAUGAAACCGCCUUGCACUGGUUCCACAAGGCGGCGACCAAGGGCAACGCCAUGGGUCGAUACGGCUUGGGUUACAUGACGCUCGCAGGUCACGGCGUGGAACAAGACCACGGAACGGCGGUGAAGUACCUGAAUCAAGCCGCCGAGCAAGGUUUAGCGGAUGCCAGGUACUUUCUUGCUGUCCUCCAUCUGCGUGGAAUAGGCGUCAAGCAGGAUUUCACAAAGGCGUACCAUAACUUCAACAUCGCCUCGCACGUCGGCCACGAGGUUGCGACGUAUAACUUAGCCAUGAUGCAGUUGAACGGGAUGGGAUUUCCGUCGUCCUGCGCCUCGGCGAGCUCGCUGCUCAAGCAGCUCGCCGAACGUGGGAGAUGGGUGACAAUGAUGGAGCACGCGUACGCGGCGUACAUGCGUCGUGAUUAUCGAGGCGCGCUCCUUCGGUACAUGAAGAUGGCAGAGAUGGGGCUCGAAAUAGCGCAGGCAAACGCUGCGUUCUUGCUCGAGAGCAAGCGCGGAGACGAUGGACGAUUCCGCGAUGACACAUCCGAGAACCCGUUGGCGCCACCGACGGCCACGCGAGCGCUCCAUUACCACCGGCUCGCGGCGAAACAGGGCAACGUUAAGUCAUUGCUCCGCAUCGGCGACGCGUACUUCUACGGUCACGGCACGAGCGUGUCGCUCACCAAGUCGAUUGCGGCUUACCGUCAGGCAAGCGAGCAGAGAAAUCCGCACGCCAUGUUCAACCUCGCGCACAUGCACGAGCACGGCAUCGGCAUGCAAAAGGACCUCCACCUCGCCAAGCGAUACUACGACAUGAUCCUCACCUCACAACCCGACGCGAGCAUCAUCGUCCAGAUCGCCCUAAAAAAGCUCCACGUACACCGCUGGAUCGUCGACAAUCGCGACGCCAUUCUCACGGCAGCCAAGGAGUUCGCGUCGCCGACGCAUCAAUUCAUUGACUUCAUCGUCGUCUUCGGCGCCGCCGCGCUGUUAUGUUUCGUCCUCAUCCUCCGUUACACCAUGGACUCGACCCGGUGA